AUGAUGUCUCAGACACGCAUCCUGGGCCUUGCUGCCGCCAUCUUCCUCUUCCUUGGCCUGACUGAAGCCGCCCGCUCUGCCGGUUGCGGCAAGACCAACACCAUCCGCAACCAGCAGUACACCGCAAACAUCAACGGCAAGCAACGUCAGUACAUAGUCCGCCUGCCGGACCAGUACGACAACAACAAGGCCCACAAGCUCGUCUUCACCUUCCACGCCCUUGGCGGCAACGCCCAGCAGAUCGCCCAGGGCCAGGGCGGCACCCUCGCCUGGUACGGCCUGCCCCCGCUGUCUAACAACUCGGCCAUCUUCGUCUCCCCCAACGGUCUCAACGCCGGAUGGGCCAACCAGGGCGGUGAGGACAUCACCUUCAUCGACAACAUGGUGCGGACCAUCGAGGCGGACCUGUGCGUCGAGACGUCGCAGCGCUUCGCGACCGGCUUCUCGUACGGCGGCGCCAUCUCCUUUGCCUGGGCCUGCGCCCGCGGCAAGGAGGUCCGGGCCAUCGCUCCCAUCUCCAGCAGCCAGCUGUCCGGGUGCCAGGGCGGCAACGAUCCCGUCGCCUUCAUUGGGCAGCACGGCACGUCCGACUCGGUCCUCCCCACUGCUGGCGGCCGUGCCAUGAGGGAUCGCUUUGUUCGCAAUAACGGCUGCACACCCAUCCAGCCGGAGCCCCAGCCCAACGGAGGUCGCCACGUCAAGGUUGACUACCAGGGCUGCCGUGAAGGGUACCCCGUCUCAUGGAUCAUCCACAACGGGGACCACAACCCAAGCCAGAGUGACCAGGGCAGCAACCAGGCAUUUGCGCCCGCGUACUCGUGGAACUUCUUUAACCAGUUCCAGCCGCAGUGA